AUGCCAACCGUCCUCAUGGCUUUUCUCUCAAUGAUGGUAUUCUAUCUGCCGUGUGAGGCGUCUGAAAAGAUUACAUUGGCUAUAAGCAUUCUUCUCGCUUUGGUAGUCUUUCUUCUACUAGUAUCAAAGAUAUUGCCGCCAACCUCUUCAACUAUUCCCCUUAUGGCAAAGUAUCUGCUAAUGACUUUUGUAAUGAAUAUGAUUACUAUCAUGGUAACUGUUGUUAUAAUAAAUGUUUACUUCCGUGGACCGGCUACGCACACUAUGCCAAAUUGGGUGAGAACGCUAUUCCUGAGAAUAUUGCCGCCAACCUCUUCAACUAUUCCGCUUAUGGCAAAGUAUUUGUUAAUGACUUUUGUGAUGAAUAUGAUUACUAUCAUGGUAACUGUUGUCAUAAUAAAUGUCUACUUCCGUGGACCGGCUACGCACACUAUGCCAAAUUGGGUGAGAACGCUAUUCCUGAGACAUCUCCCGAUGCUCUUGAUAAUGCGUAGACCGGAGUCUACAGAGCAGGAGCUAAGAAGAGCUCGAGAGGCUAGAAAGGAACGAAGAGGUUUACGAGGCGUAAUAAGCUCAAUGAGACAUCAAGAAUUAAGACCUGCUACAUCAUGCGGAUUAGGUGACGUAGAGGAAGAGGCGCAGCCAUCAACAGCAAAGCAAGAGGAGGUAAGUUUUACGCACUAG